AUGGGAAACAACCCGGGUGAAGAAGACGUCUCGGAAUGUCUCCUCAGCCAGCACAAGGCGGCAGUGUCGCUGGUAUCCGACCGAAUCGCCAGCUUCCAUGCUCGCCAAAUCCCCUUUCGAGUCUUCCAUGGCAACACGAACUCAACUCGCCUUAGCGACCGCACACGGGACGCUACUGUCGACAUCUCUGCUCUCAGCAAUGUCAUCGCCGUCUCGCCUUCGAAGCGGACAUGUCUGGUGGAGCCUAAUGUCCCUAUGGAUCGUCUUGUCGCCGCCACUCUGCAACACGGGCUGGUACCUCCUGUCGUCCCAGAGUUCCCGGGCAUCACAGUUGGAGGUGGCUUUGCUGGGACAGCAGGCGAGAGUAGCAGCUUCAAGUACGGCUUCUUUGACAAGAGCGUGACUUGGUUCGAGGUGGUUCUCGCGGACGGAACAAUCGUGAAUGCCUCAGAGACUGAGAGGGCAGAUUUGUUUCACGGCAUGGCGGGAACAUUCGGCACGUUAGGAGUCAUUACCCUCUUCAAGAUGCGCUUGAUUCCCGCAAAGGAGUUUGUCGAACUGUCAUAUAUCCGGGUUCGAGGCAUUGAACACGCGCAAAAAGUGAUCAGGGAGGUCAAAGGACAGGGACAGGCGCACUUCUUGGAUGGGAUAAUGUUCGCUGUUGAUAAGGGCGUGAUAUUGGCAGGCAGAUUCGCUGAACGAGACGAGAAGAACAAGAACCUACCCCUCGUGACAUUUACCAAGCCUUGGGACCAGUGGUUCUAUCUCCACGCCGAAGAAAGAAUGAACGGUUCUGAUAUUACGACUCCGACACUUCCAUCUGCGUCACCAUUGUCUCCUCCGCGCGACUUAAUCCCCUUGACCGACUACCUCUUCCGGUACGACCGCGGCGCCUUCUGGACGGGCCGUUUCGCAUAUACAUACUUCUGCGUUCCCUUUACGCGACCGAUCCGUUGGUUGACAGACUAUUUCAUGCACACGCGCAUAAUGUACCACGCGCUACACCGCUCCGGCCUAUAUCAGCGCUUCAUAAUCCAAGACAUGGCCCUACCGAAUAUAAACAUUGCAGAGUUCUCUCGCUGGUUGGACAAAGAAUUGCCGCACAUUUAUCCGCGAUGGCUGUGUCCCUUAAAAGACGGCGAGAGCGUGAGCAUGAAUCCGCAUCUCCGCAAUCCGGCUCUCUCGACUGUGGAAUCAAGUUCAGUCUCGACAUCAACGACGGCCUCGGACCCCACUGCCAAGGGCAGUGAUGAUGAUAAUGAUGAUGAUUUCGACAACGCGCUUCUGAAUAUCGGCGUUUGGGGCGAAACGCCGCCCAACACCCUACACGUCACCAUCAACCGCCUCAUCGAAGCCAAAUUGAAAUCCCUGGGUGGGAUGAAAUGGCUGUACGCCCAAGCAUUCUACACGGAAGAUGAAUUCUGGUCCAUCUACGACAAGAAAUGGUACGACGGCUUGAGAAAGAAAUAUCAGGCCGACGGAUAUAUACCCAGCGUGUACGAAAAGAUCAGAACAAAGGAUAUCUUUGAGGUUGACGGCGAUGGGCGAGUGGUCCGGGAUGCGCGCUUGCCCGUUGAAACGGGCGUGUGGAGCAUUUGGCCUAUCGCGGGGCUUUACGGUGUCUUGAGCGCGUUGAAGGGUGGCGACUAUCUGCGCAAGCGGUGA